GUUACGUCAUUUACAACAAACCUAGGAGUUUAACAAGGAUAUCAUAAUUAUAAAGUUAUCUUUUUCUGAAAAGAUCGAAACAUGAUAUAUAACUCUGAGUAAUUAAGUGGCGUAUGGUGAAAUUUAUAAUCUAAUUCAAGAAACAUUUGUCACCAGUGUGUUUUACUCUACUUUUUUUGUACUUAUCAACAAGAAUGUUUAAAAGCAAUUUGGAAGCCGAUAUUGUGCGGAUAUAUAUUUGCGGACCCCACAGCACGGGCAAAACGACACUUCUAAAUGACCUUCGCCCUCACAUAGGUAACACUGAAAUCGUCGAAGAAGUUGCACGUGGAAUAAUAAGGAAACACGGAUGGACACGUAACGACAUUUUACCAGAAAAACACCCGGAUGUGUUCCUACAAUUAAGUGAGGAGAUUUUGGCGGCGCAAAUUGAAACAGGCAAAAAGUACGCAAGUUUGGGACAAGAUUUUAUAUGUGAUAGAGCACUGGAUCCAAUUAUUUAUUGUGGGUUCUAUAUUAGUGAACAAGCAAAGGAAGCAAUGUAUGGGUUGGAUGGCAUGGACCAAUGGCUCGAAAGCUUGCGGAAAUCUCUUGUGAUACUAGUUUCACCCCACCCUGAAUGUAUUCAUGACGACUCGGUACGGUUUUCGUCUUCUAUAGAAGAACUGCGUGAGUUCUAUGCCAAGUUUGAGAAAGAACUUCACCACAAUCAAAUAAGAUACGUUAAGCUUACACAGCUCGACAGACAAGAAAGAGUCCGCACCGUUCUGAGAGAACUAAGUAUUUUUAGACGAGGAAAGUUUUUGAAACCUGCAGAAGAUGAAAGUAAUGCAGUAGAAUAGAUUAUGUGCGCUAUGAAUACAAACAUUGCCUUCGAGAUCAGGUCCAGUGGUUAAUUUAAAUGAGAAUUUGCGACCAGUCUAAACUCUUACAUUUGACUGACUGUUUCUAAAGAACAAUCUUGAAAAUGACCAAUGAAAUUCCUACUCUCUAAGACUUGUCUACAGUUUUAUAAAUUUGAAACCGGGAAACAUUUUGUCCAUAUAACCUUUACUCAAAGAUAAAAGUUAAUGUCAGUUUACAGACAUGACCACAGAUUAUCGCUCUCAAAAAGGGUUUUCCGCUAUAACUUCUAUCACAUUUGUUAUUUAUUUACCCAAGGAUACAAGAACACAAGGACUAAGUAUAAAGUUUGAGUUUUGCACACCUAUUCUACUUGAAUCGCGUUGUUCUAUACAACCGUAUGAAAUAAGUGAAAACCCAGUAUCGAUUUCAGUUGCGGCAGUUUUCAUUCUUACACAAGGGAUAACUUACGUUUUCUUUUCUACGAAGUGGUAUUUUAGUCGUUCAUAACGUUUUAUCAUAUUAGAAAAACAUUACAUGAACCACAGUUUUUGAGGAAGGCAGAAGAAGACUUGUAUGCAGUUUAGUAAGAUCGAAAAUCCCGUAACAGCAUUCAAGACAUAUAACAAAAGUUAUUGAUGUAGCUCAGCUGGGCAUGAUUUACACGAUUCAAAACAAGUUUGUUCCAAAGGACUCGCCCUUGCUAAAACAGAAACUGAGAGUAAAUACGUUUUUUUAUCUCCUCCUGAUCAAUUCGACCCACUGCGUGUACAGGAGGUAAACACCUUUACAGGUACAACAGUAUGUAACAAAAGUUAUGAGUUUAUCGAGUUGUAUUUAAUUUAUUUCUUACAGAGUUAGAAUAUACCAUACCGCUUGAUAAGAAUUAUCUUAUCGAACAGAACAAAUAUACAUUGAAAAAUUAUAUUUAUUCUGUUCUAGAGUAAUUAGUUUAAAGCUUGAAUUCCAUCUCGGACGUUAAGUUUGGCUGCUCGGACGUGAAGUUUGUCUGCAGCUUGAAGGCCGCAACCAUAGUAAUAUGAUUUAUGCGUCACUGAUUAAAGUUGUGUUCAUUUCUCUGCAUGUUAUUCUCAUCCCCAUUCCGUUUGGUUUUCUGAGGUGGGUGAUUUACACAGCUUGUGCAAUGUGUCUUGAAAUGAGUCAAUUUAAAGAAAGUAAAGAGUUCCAGUUCUGAAAUGAGCGGAUUGUACAUAAGAAGCAAUCUAUUAUCAUUAGAUACAAGAUUAAGUCAUGAGAUAAUUACCUUCAAUUCUGACUCACAAUAUGGCUACAAGUCGAACGCACUGUCCUAGAUCAAAUACUCAAUGUGUGUAAUUUUACUUUUGUUGAGGUAAGUCGAAAAUAUCCCUGGUUAUGGUCCCAAACGGAAUCAAGACCUCGAAUUACUACGACUUACAGAAAUAAGGCAGCUUCAUGAUGUAAAUGGCAUUGUAAAGCAAACUUUACUUCAUUGACACCAGUAUAUGCCGUUUGGUAUUUGUAUCUCUGAAAUUGACAGUAUAACACCAACAUUGUACGAUCAAGAAAAAUGCCGGUAUACGGAUAUGAGUAUAAAAUCGGCAUUAUUACUGCAUGUUUAACUCAAACCUCUAAGGAAGUAACGUGCAAGACAAAUUUAAGACGCUAUGCACUGAGAUUGAACAUAAGAUCCAUUAAGUCCAUUAUGCAGCAUUCCAUACACAUUCUUUGUAGUAUACGGGAGCAUGCCUAAACACUGCGAAUAACGUUCUAACUGACUGCUCCCUUCACUUUGCAGUUCCACUUUUCGUAAUUAAGCCUUAAUAAAUGUUGCGAGAUGAGUAUGAACAUGAGAAUAUAUCAUUUAAAAAGAUCUUGUAAAGCUUAAAAUCUGUUAUUUCCUACAGAAAUCAGUGGGA